AUGGAUCAGCACAUAGAGAAGAAGCUUGGAAAGGGAGAGCAUGAUGUUUUUACUCAAGAAUCACCCAAUGAGAAGAGGGAUGUUCAUAGAGGAAGAAAUUAUCAGCAACCACCUCACAAGAGAAGAAUGGAGCCAAGGAGCAAUUUUGAAGAUUUGAUAACUUUCAUCAAGAGUUCUCAUAGAGAGCAUACAGCCUUGAUUGAUGAGAGAUUGGACUCUAUUAAGAGAGAAGAAGGUGUGCUACCAGGAAAAGUGGAAAUCAAUCCAAGGAGAGCAGCUGUAGCAGCUAUCACUCUUAGGAAUGGAAAAGGGUAUGAACCACCAGCAUACCCAGAUCAAGAGGAAGCAAAGCCGCCAAUCAAGAAGAAACCAAUGGAGUAUGUUAUCAUUGGAGAUGGGACUGAACCACCUAAGGAAGUCCAUGUCAGAAUAGAACCAGGAACUCAGGAGGAAGUGGAGAAGCCACCUGAAGAACCAAGAGUGUAUGAGCCAAAGAUCCCAUACAGAAAUGUUCUUUCUCAACCCAAGAAGGAGAAGGAGCAAGCAAAGCUCAAGGAUCUUGUUAGCCAACUUUCAGUAAGGUUACCUUUCAUUGAUGUACUAAUGGAAAUCGGUUCUACACACUUCCAUAGAGCACUUUGUGAUUUGGGUUCUAGUGUGAACCUAAUGCCUUACUCAGUGGCCAAGCUAUUGGGCAUCACUGACUUCAAACCUACAAAGAUCUCUCUAGUCUUUGCAGACAGAUCUGUUCGCCGCCCUGUUGGUGUUAUUAUGGAUGUUCCAAUCAUGGUUGGAGAUUGCUACAUCCCUGCUGAUUUUGUAGUUCUUGAGCUGGAACACCAACCUAAAGACCCUCUUAUCUUGGGAAGGCCAUUCCUAGCUACUGCAGGAGCUAUAAUAGAUGUCAAGAAUGGAAAGAUUGACUUGCAUCUUGGAGAUAUAGUGAUGAAUUUCGAAGUAAACAAGUCUAUGGAGAAGCCAACUGUAGAUGGUCAAGCUUUUUGGAUUGGAGAGCUCGCAGAGACAAGAGAAGAAGUGCUGGAUGAACUCCUUCUUAUUGAUCCCUUGGAGCUAGCUUUGACAAAGGCUGAGAAUGAGUAUGGAUACAUGGAAAGAGAAGCUCAAUGCUUAGUCAAGUUCAUGGAUUCAAGGAAGCUUAUAAAGAGCUGA